GUGAGUAGGGCGGGUGGAGGAGGGUUCGCGCUGCGGCGGGCUGGGGGCUGCGUUCCGCUGUGUGUGGCAUAUACUGAAGCCAUUUUGCCUGUGAGUUGGUUAUAUGGGAGCUGUUUCAAAUGGCAUCAGAAGGACAAAGCCAGGAAAAAGAGGAUCCAUCUGAGGAUCUUACAACCCCUUUCCGGUGUAACAGAACCUUACACUGGGGGGCCAUCCUCUCUGCAGUGAAAGACCAAAUCCCAACUCUGGAGUCUGACACCUCUACGUCUGAUUGUGAUGAAGAUGGGGAGCUGUUCAUCUUCCAGCGAGAUCUACCCAAUCUGAUUCCUGACUUGUCGGAAGAACUGGCAGAUCUUUCUCCAGGAGACACAGACAUGCAGCAAAUAUUAGAAUCUGUGGAACACUCCAGAGAGACUUGGAAUGGAGACCUAGAAAGUUCAGAUCUUCAGAAAGAAAUGGAUGUUACCCAAGCUGUGGGAAGAGAAAAUGUACCAUUGGUAAGAGAUCAGACAUAUGCUUUUGCUAACCUGCCUGAAGAAACUUCAAGCCAACAGAGAGCAGUCCUUGCAGAUCCUACAGAUCAAACUCUCAGAGGGAAAGAACUGGGCAAUGGAAAAGACAGGGAAACAAAAGACUUUUGGACUAAUAAAGUACUGUCUAUGAAAGGGCCAUAUUUUGUAAAUGCAAACAACAGUGAAGAGAGACGAAAGAUGAUAGAAACAAAAAUACUCUCUAAGGUGACCUUAGAGGCACCGUCUGGAGAUGGAGGCAAUUCAGAACUAAAAACAAAAUCACCAUUGGAGACUAUCAGUGACAAUCUAGAAAGAAUCACUAAAGCAGAAAAUGAGCAAGGAGCCACUUCAGCUGAACACCCUCGAGGGCUGAUGCUCUUUUCAUUGCAGGAUAUCGAGAAGUGGGAUCUAGACAAGAUUCUCAAGGACCUGGAGGAGCAGAAAGACCGUAGAACUCGCUCAGAGGAGCCUGCUCUUCCUUCAAAGGAUCAUAAGGCCUUGGUUGCUAGAUCCCAAAGUAGGCUCAUGGAAAAGCUAGAAGAGUUGUGUGCCAAGCAGUCCAAAGCAUUGUCUCCACGCCACAGGAAGCCAUUGGCUACGUUUGCUCACUUUCAAGAACACCGAGGAGAUCAGAAAGAAGUCAUCUUCCCGUCACCUCCCCAGAGCUGUCGAAGUAUGGAUAUGCCAAAACUGCAAUAUACAGCAGAGCUCCCAACAGUGUACAUUGAUUUACGGGAUGCUAAAUCACACAAAUCAGCGUUACCGUCCGUUGAAAAUCAAAGCUUGAGUGACAGCUCCACUGAAGACGAGGAGGAUACAACAGUUAAGGACCAACAGAAAACAAAGGAGAGAGUGCAAGAUUCUUCCCAAGGACCACGGGAUUGCACUGGGAAAAGCCUGCUGUUGCAGCAACUCCGUAACUUCCGUAAAGAAGCAUCUCAGCCUCUUGCUAACGAGGCCUCUAAGCAGGUGCUAAGAGAUGAAGUAGUGAGCCAGGAUCUUGAGAGCCCAGAAGAGAUGGGCACCCUGAAAAUCAGGAGAAAACGCUAUCUAAGAGUGAGAGGGGAGGCAAACAAGGUGACUUCCAGGUGGCUGGUGCGCUCAGACUCUCAGAGGGGAAGUCCCCCCUUGCCAAACCAUGUGAAACAUGGAGCUGAUUCUUCAAGGGAAAACCAGAAAGAGACUGAAGACACACUACAUUCAGGAAGUGCUUCAGAGCCCCCUCUAAAUAAAGCAGCAGAAUCCCCAAGGGCAGAAGAAAGCCCGAGAGAGCUGUCCCUAAAGGAAAAGCAGAUGAAAGAGAAGCACAGGAGACAGAGACUCCAGGAGCAGCUGGAGCGAUUGCAGCCUCAACACUCGGUCACUGGAAAGCAGCCCAUGGCAGAGAUAACUCCUGUUUUGUUUCACCCGGAAGCUUCUUAUUUGCCAGCUAUUAACACGUUGCCGAGUGCAGACAGUGUUAACGGUGAGAUGCUUCUCAUGACGAUUUGGCUCGCCAGUUGUGGACAGGUAGCCGCAUGUGGUCAGCACAGUGGACACUUCCCAGACACUGUCUUGACAGCAGCCAGCAUCUACCAGGCUCUUGUUACCUGGCUUCUCUCCCUGGUACCUCCCUUGAAAGUGAAAGGUGGGCUCAAAGCCCCGUUUCAGGUGCUGGGUCUGCAGCAGGUCUGGCGAGAGGAUGGGCUGGCACUCUACGCUUGCCUAAUUCCAGCAGACGAAUCUCUGGCACAGAACAGCACCAAGAUCCGGAAGCAUAAAGCUAAGGAAGCUCUUCGAGGAACAUCCAUUUUUUACCAGCAGAUCUCUACGUACCUCUCCCAUACAUGGCUUCCAAAUGUUAUCUGGUGGAGCAGAGAACUGACCAGUCGCCUCCAGAACGAACUAUAUCCACUCCUUCCAGAGAUUCCUGCUGUACGACUCAACUGCAUCACCGCUCUUAACCCUGACCCUAAGGCAGUGGAGAAAGCAUUUGCAAUGCCAGCUGGGUUCUACUGGCAGACAGUAGAGACUGAUGAAAAAUACUUCCUUAACAGUAGUGACAUUGGGGCCAGUGCAGAUAUAGACACUGAGGUUGCUGUGGCAUUGCUGUUUGAAACCCUACUCCGAACUCCUUUAGCCGUCCAUCACAUGUUACAGCUGAUCCUCAGCUCUGGUUUGGAUAUCUGUGGGCUCCGCCUGCUCUAUCCCGAGCACAGCGUGCUGCUCUCUAGCACAGACAAGCUGCCUUCUACUUACACUCCAGAGGCUGGCAAGGCAUCACCUGUGCUGGCUUUAGGCUUGAGAGGGCCAAAAGCACGGAGCGCCUUGCAAGAUAUCAUAGGGCCCUCGGAUCCACAGCUAGCCAGCAUGACAGACUGCGGCUCCAUCAAUGCCAUCUACUGCAGGAGCCAAGCCGAGCCCCUCGCCUACCUGCCCCACACAGACAGCCGUGUGCACAGGGAGCUGUGCCUCUUGUUCGGAGGAAGAGCAUGCUGUGAUGAGGUGCUUCAUGUUGGUGUCCCGAAUCCUGCCUGCAAAUAUAACAAAUCAAGACCUCAGAGUCCUUCAUCUAAUAGAGUAAAUGCUGACCAAGAGAGAGCUGAUCUCCAGGACAUGGCACUGUCCAGACCUCCAGCAACAUUGGUCUCAACCACCAAAGGGGAUGUCAUUUUGGUUGUGUCACCUGCUGUGCCUCCUCAUGCAUACGGGGAUGUGAUUUCAACGUGUACUCAGAGAGGCUUUACUCUGCAGGGAAUCAGGCAGCUGCAACUUUCUCCCAAGCGAGCCAUCAUGCUCAGCAUGACAACAAGUCAGAUGGCUGUAUUUUGCCCUAACAAGACUUCAAGUCCCCCUGAUAAGAGAUCCUCAAGAGAAGAACCUCCUGCUGAGCCACGCUUGCACUGUCUGAUUUUACUGCUGAGAAAGGAGAAUGCUGGCCAUCAUGUUCCUGCAUUGGUGAAAGGACUGAUGAAUGAACUGGCAGAACGAGGACUCCUUGGGGAGGUACGAAGCAACUUGCCUCCCAGUGCUGAACUGGAACCUGCAUUGUGUAUUCACGUGGCUCCCUAUACUGACAGCUUGUUGCAGACACUGGGAGGCAAUCUCAGUGCAGUGCCAGACUCGUGUAAUGUUCCUCUGGAUUUUUUAUGCCACCGAACCUAUGCCUCGGAUCCUGAAAUGGAGCAAGUUGUCAUCCUGACACUGAUUGGAAAGGAAGCCAUGAAGAGUGCUGGCCAUCUUCUUUGCCAAAUCCUUCACCCUGGCUUCCAGAAGCAACCUCAAAACCCAGAAGGACUUGACCCAGGGUUUGAGCUUCUGAGCCUCAAGUGGUUGCGCCAUCUCACUCGGAGUCAGGCCAAAGAAGUAACCCCUUUCGAGGUGGGAGAUACCUCCUGGCAAAGAAGCAUCAAUAUGCUGAUGUCCAGCCCAGCUCUCAUCUGUGCGCUGCGGAGAGUCAGUGCCUUUGGGGUUCUUGCUGAGACCCUGAAGAAGCUGACACUGCUGGGAGACAAGACAAGCACUAACACCAGUGACCUUCAGAGAGUGAUGGCCUUGACCCCAGAGAUGGCCUUCAGGCAGGCAGUCCUCUUCUUCACCGAGAAAGAGUUCAUAGCUGAUUGCAAACGUCGCCCUGCUAUGAAGUACCUGCCACCGUAUGUCAGAGGUUCCAGGGCUGAAGGGGGAGAGACUCGGAGAGGCCACGCAGAGCCAUUGUUCACCUACAUGCAAGCAGGAGCCCAGCUUCUUUGUACUGUGUUGCUGAUCAAACCUGGUGUCUGGGCUCAUAGCCUUGCUAGAAUCCUCCGAAAACUAGACCUAGAAAAAUUCAGCCUUGUUGGGAUGAAACACAUAAGCCUGAAACCAGACAUUGUCUUAGGACUCCUCUCAUCUGAAGCUAAACAGGAGCCUGCAAUUUUGGAAGCUCACUGCAGCUACCUCACCUCUGGUUCCUCCCUUGUGUUGUGCCUGCAGAGACAGAAUGCUGUAAAGAAGCUGGUAGACUUAUUGGGGCCAGAGGACCCUAUGCUGGCUCAAACACUAGACCCAUGCUUUUGGAGGGCUCAGUACGGUGCCAGCUCAGUCCAAAAUGGAUUUUACGGCUCCAGAUCCUAUCACGCUGCUGUCCGAGAUAUGAAGUUGUUUUUUCCAGAAGGGCUGUGCUGUGCCGAUUCUCGGGUGCUAAAGGAAGAAGAGAUUUGUAACAUGAAAUAUGACCCGAUAGUCAGACCGGAAAUCAGCAAGCAGCACAGGAUUGUAAAACAUGAAACAAGAAGGCAACUCAAUUUCCUGGGCUCCAAGCAGCAGCAUAGUCUAGACCUGCCAUUGCUUUAUACACUCUGCCAAACCACUUGCCUGAUACUUCCCGGGAUAAUCCUUCGGGGUUCAGAGCGCCCGCCUUACCUUGGACUGCUAGACCAGUUGAUUGGCAGAGAUUUCACAGUGACAGGGAUACGGCUCACCGUGCUGGACAAAUCACAGGCUCACUUCAUCUCUGAGACACUGAGCACUGAGGGGUGCGAUGUUUCGACAAUGCAUUCCCUGUUGGACGGGGCAUGUCUGGUGGUAGCAGCACAGCGAGACAAUGCCAUUAUUUGCUUUGAGUCCCUGCUGGACAGUGGCCGCUGGCAGAAGCAGGCUGUGCUGGACUGCAUGCAGCAUCUUCUGUAUCCCCAAACAGAGAAACAGGCAAGUGGAGGAGGCCCUGGUCCACAGAAAUAACCAUUUUUCUUUCCAUUGUGUUCUGCUGGCUGUAGAUUAAGUAGAGCUGGUCAGAAAACAGCUUUUAUUUUUGGUGGAAAUUUUGAACAAAAAGGAAACUUUCUCUUGAUGAGGGAAGGAGGGGUGCAUCAUGGGAGUCCCUGGCUGUGGUGCAUCAAGGGAGAUGUCGUCUGGCCAGAGAUCUCAGCCCAUGGAAGAGAAUGGGAGCAUAAGGCUCCCAAACUGCAAUUUCCACGAGAUGCUGCGGUGCCAUUUUGAAUAGAAAUAUAUUGUCCUUUUGGCAAAAUAGCACAGGUUUUCACCUAAAUCGGAUACUUUUCAUGAAAGUUACAUUUGGCUGAAAACCUAAUUUUCCAUUGAAAAAUAGUUUUGAUAGAAGAUCGUCCACUUGGCAUUAAAAUUCUAGAAGACCUCACACUGAUCCAGGUGGGGGAAAGGCAGUGAGCUCAUUAACCCUUUAAAUGAUGGGCUGGCUGGCUGUUUUCUCAACAGCACUUUGCAAACAUAGAUUGUGUCAAGUAGCUCCAAACCAGACAAGAGCUUUGGAGGCAGGGUGCUGGCUGAACAAGGAGUAUUAGGGGUAUAAAGAGCUGGGACUGCAUGAGAAAUGGUAGCCAGCAAAUCAGCCUGUCGGGGAAAGCAAGGGAGAGUGUCAGAUGUGUUGGCAACAUGGCAUAGCUCUCGUUGGAGCUGACAACAGAUGGCAGAUUUUCCCCAAAAUCAACAUUCAGCACCAGCCUUCUAAGGGUUAAGCCUCAGAAGAUACAGCUGGGACGGCGCCCCUGGGUCUGUGUUCUUGCCAAGGUGUGAACUCCCACAAUUGGCGCUGUAAAGCUGUAGUUUCCAGCACCAGGUGUUCUGUGUUGCCCCUGACAGGCAGUGCAGGUCCCCUGAUGCUGAACUGAGAGUGUGAUACAAAGCCUGGGAAGGUCUGCAAACUCAGCUCUUAGGUAGCCCAUCUUUAGAAGCCAGCUACGAAUAUAUAACACCAUCAUACCUGCUGCUGCCAAUGGUGUUCGACUGUUGCCAUGUAAUGUGCCAGGACAACAGUUCUGGGCUGUCCACUGGUAUUUGGAAUACCCUCUGAUUUGCUUUGGAAAUUAUGUUGGUUGUAGCUGUCUGAUAUAAAAUCUCUUCUGUCUUGUGCCAAUAAAUGGGCAAUCAGCCCAUGAUGAAGAGGCUUGGGAUGCUUUCUGUGCCAGGACAAGUUCCAUUGCUAUACAUGUGUUCAACCCAGCCUCUCCACCAAUCAGCAUAUUGGGCCCAAUCUCAUUUCCACUGAA